GCAACGCAGGAACAGCAGCAGCUUAGUGAGGCUUUCUUUUCGGAGUGAGGGUAACAAGGCGACAAGUUGAGAAGAUUUUCAUGGAGGCAAACGGGAAGCUCGAAUCCGCCGCCGUAGGCGGCGGAGAAGGCGGCGAGGUGCAUUUCCGCGGAGUGAGGAAGCGGCCUUGGGGACGCUACGCGGCGGAGAUACGCGACCCCAUCAAGAAGAGCCGCGUGUGGCUCGGGACAUUCGACACGGCCGAGGAGGCGGCGAAGGCCUACGACGCCGCCGCGCGCGAGUUCCGCGGGCCUAGAGCGAAGACUAACUUUUCCGGCUCUGCCGCCUGCGGAAGCCAGAGCAGCCCCGUCGUCCAGUGCUCCGGCCACGAGGCUGCACCGCGACUUCCCCCCUCCCAGCUCGAUGCCAACCUCGUCCACACCGGCGGAGGCGCUCGCGGAUCCGGCGCCGUUCCGUUUCCUUUGAAACCGUUACCGCUCUUCUACUUCAACCAAAUCGCCAGAUCCGCAAAUAUACCGGCGUCCGCAGCGACGGCGACUAAACGCCAUCUGCCGACUCUACCCCUGCCGAUGGUCGUCGCCUGCUUCCAGCCGCCGCGCGACGUGGCCGCCCAGAGCGACUCGGAUUCCUCCUCCGUCGUAAAUCCGCAAUCUGACCGUUGGUCUCCGGCGCAACCGCCACUUUCCAAGACGCCACGUCUCGAUCUGGAUCUCAACCUCCCACCCCCAGCGACGGCAGCCUGAUCUUAGCAGCAGCCACUUUCUUUUCCUUUGCCAAAUUUCCUUUUUUUAAAAAAAAAUAAAAAGACAAAAAAAAAAAACCCCGUCGGCGAUAUGAUAUUUAGUUGCUCUUGCCAUUGUCAAAUAUGAAUUAACAAUACGGCGGCUAAGUUAGCCGGCAGAUGUUUUGUCUUCA